CCGGAUCCGCCGUUCUGCCCUGGCCCGGAAAACCCGGCGCCUUCCAGGCCCUUCGAAAGAUGGAUUCUGUUGACGUAUCUGGCGGCCCUGGCGAGCCGGGUGGAAAGUUGGGUUUUGCCAAAUCGAGCCGGGCUCCUCUUUGUGACGCUCAGCCAGCCCCGCAUCUUCUUGGAGCCCGGCCAAGUGGCAUCAGAGCCAAGUGAUGGACGACCUGCAGUCCCAGAACCUCUCCAUGGACAUGACUGAGUCCCCUCCCACCUUGGCCAAUAACAGACUGGAGAACAGCAUGGCCCAGCUGAUCACCACAGAGGCCUGGAACAUCAACUCCACCGACUUGGUCAAGAAGGCCCUGGUGACCGUGCCAGCCCCAUCCAUUCUGAAUCCCCCUUCUGAGUCCCAGAGUGGCAUGGCUCUAAAAGUGGCAGCUACCGUGCUGCAGCCCCUGUGUCUCGGGGAGAGUCCAGUGGUAAUGCCCAUUCACAUGCAGGUGGAGGGGAGCUCGGCACCAGAGCUCAACCCCAAUGGUAAUGCCACCUACGUCAUGACCACGCAGGGCCCUGUGCAGCUGCCUGUGGUGCUGGAGCAGCACGUGUUCCAGCACCUCAAUUCCCCUCUGGUCCUGCCACAGGAGGCCCCAUGCUCCUCCAAUGCCAUCCACAACAACCUCUUCCAGGGGGCCGAGGACUCCGAGGCCCAGCCCCAGCUCCUGGACCUGAGGAUCCCCAGCCAGCCGCAGGAGCCCACAUUGCCAUUUGAAGCUGUGCUCCAGAAUUUGUUCCCCUCCCAGGGCUCUCUCGGUCCCCCACCCUGUCAGCCUCCUCCUAGCUAUGCCCCAGUGCCACCACAGCCCUUUAACUCCCCCUUGUCCCCCCUGGUCCCACCAGCCACCCUCUUGGUGCCCUACCCUGUGAUCGUCCCCUUACCAGUGCCAGUGCCCAUCCCCAUCCCCAUCCCAGUGCCUCAGAGUUCUGAAUCCAAGUUCAGUCCCAGUUUCCCCAAGCCACCAUCUUCCUUCAACCUGCACUCUUUUAAGGGGACCCAGACCCCUCUGGAAAAGGAUGAACUAAAGCCCUUAGAUAUCCUCCAACCGAGGGAGUAUUUCCAACUCAGCCGCCACACGGUCAUCAAGAUGGGGAGUGAGAAUGAGGCUCUGGAUCUUUCCAUGAAGUCAGUGCCCUGGCUCAAGGCUGGUGAGGUCAAUCUGCCAAUCUUCCAGGAAGAUGCAGCCCUAGACCUGUCACUGGCAACCCACCGGAAGUCUGAGCCUCCCCCUGAGACACCGUAUGACAACACUGAGUCAGGGCACAGCCCAGGUCAGACCGUGAUGGAGAAACUUCCCAGUGGCACAGAAGUGCCCUUUACCCCUGGUGCGCCCCGCGAGGCCUCUGCCCUGCUGGAUAGCCACAUGGGCAGCAGCAGUACUGCUGAGAUGGUCAGCCAGCCCAGCCAGCCCAGCAGCGAGGUCAAGGCUGAGAAUAACAUCGAGAUUGGCAGCGAGUCCCAGGCAGCUAAGGUCAUCGUUUCGGUUGAAGAUGCUGUGCCUACCAUCUUCUGUGGAAAGAUCAAAGGCCUCUCGGGGGUAUCCACCAAAAACUUCUCCUUCAAAAGAGAAGACUCUGUGCUUCAGGGCUACGACAUCAACAGCCAAGGAGAAGACUCCAUGGGAAAUGCGGAGCCCCUUAGGAAACCCAUCAAAAACCGGAGCAUAAAGUUAAAGAAAGUGAACUCCCAGGAAAUACACAUGCUCCCAAUCAAAAAACAAAGGCUGGCCACCUUUUUUCCAAGAAAGUAAAUAAUGGCUUUUUAAAAUUUUUAUGAUUAUAACAUGGGGAAAGGUGCAUUGGUUUUUUAAAAAGGCAUUUAAAACAAAUUAUCUUUGUUAAUUAUUUGGGGAAGUAGAUGGGAAAUGGAAAAGUGAAUUGGCUCUAGAGGCCCUGUAAGCUAGUAUCGUUUUCUUUUUUAAUUUUUGACUUUUCACAAAGGAGUAAAUAAGAGCAACCUAUUUUUCAAGCAGAUUGCACAUUUUUUGCAGCUUUAAUGGAAUAUUGGGUGAAUCAGAGGGGUAAAAAAGCUAUUUUCAUUGCCACAAAGUGCUUUGAUGAUGUAAUACCUAAUAAAGGGUAGGAUAAAUAUUUCACAAUAAAUGUUUG